AUGGCAGAAAUUUGGGGUUUUUGGAGGAAUGAUAAUUGGGGUGGACGGUCUUGGGCUUUCAUGGUCUUCCUGGGUAUAAUGGUGCUUCACAUCCUGGCCAUUUUAUUGUUUACCCGAGGUUUCCUUCUCACUCGGACCGAACUUUCCCAAUAUAGUCAAUGCUCUGAUGUUUUCGACUCUCCUUGCUUUCCUCCUAAAAAUCACAAUGUUAACAACUCCAGUAGAGCAUCGGGUUGCUGGACGAAACCUUCAGUCGAUCGGCUCGUUAUAAUUGUUCUUGAUGCUAUCAGGUUUGAUUUCGUUGCUCCGAGUACCUUCUACACAGAGAAGAAACCAUGGAUGGAUAAGUUACAAGUAAUACACGAACUUGCUAGUCAGCGCCCAUCAUCUGCUAGAAUUUUCAAAGCUAUAGCAGAUCCACCCACCACCAGUUUACAACGUCUAAAGGGCUUGACAACUGGUGGACUUCCCACAUUUAUUGACGUAGGAAACAGCUUUGGUGCACCAGCAAUUGUUGAAGAUAACUUGAUACAUCAGUUGGUUGCAAAUGGAAAACGGGUAGUGAUGAUGGGGGAUGAUACAUGGGUGCAGUUAUUUCCACAUCAUUUCAAUGAAUCUUAUCCGUUCCCAUCCUUUAACGUUAAAGAUCUUCAUACGGUGGAUGAUGGGUGCAUCAAGAACUUGCUUCCAACAUUGUACAAAGAAGAUUGGGAUGUGCUCAUAGCACACUUUCUUGGUGUGGAUCAUGCUGGGCAUAUAUUUGGCGUUGAUUCUUCACCAAUGAUAGAAAAAUUGGAACAGUAUAAUGGAAUUUUGAAGAAAGUUGUUGAAGUGCUGGAGAGCCAAAGUGGUCCAGGUGACCUACAUGAAAAUACAAUGCUUCUUGUGAUGGGUGAUCACGGGCAAACUCUCAAUGGUGAUCAUGGAGGAGGCAGCGCAGAAGAGGUGGAAACUUCAAUUUUUGCACUGAGUUUGAAGAAGCCUCCGAGUUCUGCACUGGCAGCAUUUGACAAGUCAACUUGCCAAUUAGACAUGCAAGGAAGGAGGAUAUGCCUUAGCUCCAUUCAGCAGCUUGAUUUUACGGUAACAGUGUCUGCGCUGCUUGGCCUCCCAUUUCCUUUUGGAAGCAUUGGGCAUGUUAAUUCUGAAUUAUUUGCCUUAGCUGCUGGUACAUGGAACCUGGAAAGGUUGGCUACGCAUGAUCGUCAAAGUCUGUCAGAAUUGGAUGAGUGGAUGCAGAAUUAUGUCAAUGUUCUCUGCAUUAAUUCUUGGCAGGUGAAGAAAUACAUUGAUGUCUAUUCAUCUUUGUCACUAAUUGGUUUCUCGGAGAAAGAUUUGCUGCAUGUAUCAGAGCUGUAUGCUCAGGCUCAAGAGUUCUGGUCACUCACUUCUAAGAGUUCAGUACUACAUGAAAACGAAAGCUCUUCUACCUUGUUACCUGCUAUCAAAAGGCAAAUUGAAGCAUAUUCUGCAUUUUUGGCAAGUGUUGCCUCGCUGGCCAGGUCGAACUGGACUGAGUUUAAUCUGAAGUUGAUGGGAAUAGGUUUCUGUGUUAUGUUGUUUUCACUUUUUCUGCAUGCUUUUAGUAUCAAGAGGUUGGAUAACCUAUGUGGACUUUAUUCGCCUUCCUGCGGUGAUUCUAGGAAUACCAUUGGGAUGAUUUUUGCUUGUAUUGCAGUGCUGACUCGUGCCUGCAGUUUUCUUUCAAAUAGUUAUAUUCUGGAAGAAGGCAGAGUAGCUAGUUUUCUUUUGGCCACAACUGCACUGCUUCAACUACGUUGUGCAAUAAUGAAGAAGAUGAUGUUACUUGAAGCACUUGCAUUAGUUUUUUUGGUUCCUUUCCUAAGAUUUAGUAUUGAACUUGGGCAAUUAAAGCAAGCUGUCAGUUCUUUAUUCUUGAAGAUUGAUCCUUCAAGAACACUAGGAAUCAACGGGGACUCUCAGUUCUGGAUGUCAAUAACUCAGUUUGUGCCGAUAUUAGCUCUUCUGAUUGUGGCAUAUCUACUUUACAAGAGCAUUGUUUGCUGCUCCUGUCACAGGAUCUUGAAGUAUGUUAUUGUAGGAAGCUUAUCUAAUUUCCUGCUGAUAGCCAUAUAUUGGGCCUCCAAUGAUAACCUAUUGAACCUACUUAUGGUGCCAAGGGCAAUAAGGGUAAAUCUUAUUCCUCGAAUCAUCUAUGCUGUUGGAGUUAUCCAGGUAUCAUUAUUGGCCAUAGUUCAACUUUUGGUUAGAGAGAAGACUCUGAACUUGGAAGGAAGUACAAUUUUCAAAGUACUGGCCCUGAUAUCUGCAUGGAGUUCAACAAUCAUAGUUAUAUCUGGAAAACAAGGUCCCUUGGCUGUCUUAGCAUUGUUAAUUGGAGGUUGGUGCAUAAUUAGGUUGAUGAGAUUGGAACAGGACACUGAUAAUAAUAAUUCUGGAUCUUCACUUUUUUAUACACUUCCUGUAACACAAUGGAACCUUCUCGCUGUGUGUAUGUUUUUCAGUACAGGUCACUGGUGUGCUUUUGAUGGCCUUAGAUAUGCUGCUGCAUUUGUUGGGUUUGAUGAAUUCAACCUUAUUCGCCAAGCCAUCCUUCUUACAAUUGAUACAUUUGGUUUUUCUCACAUUUUUCCUAUAUUUGGACUUCCAUUUCUUGUCGCAUGCUGUUGUCCCCCAAGGCAGACCAAGCGAUUAUUUUCCAUGAGACUGUGUCAGGUUUAUUUGAUGUAUGGCCUCAUUACAGCUGUAUCAGUCACAUUUACUAUAUUAUGCGUCACAAUACAAAGGCGGCAUUUGAUGGUAUGGGGAUUAUUUGCGCCAAAAUUUGUUUUCGAUGUAGUAGGCCUUGUUCUUGCAGAUAUCAUGAUUUGUUUAUCAUCGCUGUACUACAUAGUGUGA